CGGAGAGGGAGAUAGAGCGGUAAAGAGUCUGAGGAGAGAGCUGGGGAGGACUAAAGGACUAUCAGAGACAAGAGAACAAGCGAGGGAAGAAGCAUGCGGACCAAAGAGGAGGAUAAGAAAAGAGCAAACCUGCAAUGCCCGGAGAAUCCGUCCAACUCAUCAUCUGCGGGCCACUGGUUAGAGACUGAGAAAAGCUGUGGAAGUGAUGUCCAAUCAGAAGUAGCUAAAGUAGAAAGAAGGUCAUUAAUGGAAGGACAUUGAGAGUGUAAAGCCUUAUUGGAUAUUGAAUUCCUGUCUCCAGCUUCCACAUACAAACUCUCUCACAUCGCCUCACAAACAAACAAAUUAAUCUGGGUAAACAGAAGCUGGAAACAUUCCUGCUUUCUAUUGGAUAUAAUCCCGCCGACGCUGGCUGAUGUCACCGCUUCCCUCAACACCGUUCAGCUCCUCAGGGGGCUGAGCCAACCUGCAAAGCAGUAUGGGCAGGAGGGUGGCCGACCCGACCAAUCCAGUGCCUGCGCUGGGGGUUCCCCUGGCAGGGGGGCGAUGGGGCCCACUGUGCAGUGUCGGGGUGCAAACAUCUCCCGGGCUGCGGACUCUGCCCUCCAUCAAACGACACGGCAGCCAGCCAGCCAACACGCAUCGGCCGCUCACCAUGGCAACAGACAAAACAACGACAGCGGAGACUGUGGGAGUUAUCAGAAGUGACAGCAACAGUCUGCCGGUGUCCAAGGAGACAUCUCAGAACGAGAUCAACAGCCUGACUCAGGACGACAUGGGGUCGCAGGGGUCAGGAAGCGGAGUUUACUGCCAGAUUAAAUCUAUACGAGCAAACCCCAAGGACACAAGAGCUAAAAGGACAGCUCGGUAUACAAACGGCAGCGUGGUGGCCUCUGACGCGGUGGGAGGGGUUUGCACUGAGGCCACAGACAGCAAGGAGCCAGUCCACGAGAGGAGAAGGGUGCAGUCUCUACGUGGGGAGGGCCAUCGCUCCGUCCUGAAGACGGGGAGCAUUUGUACGACGGUGCACGCCACCCCACCACGGCCCUGUCGAGUGAUGACGACUUCCCCUUCGCGCCUUUGUGGGACGUGUGGGAGGAGGCGAUCGCAGAUUACACCGUGCACAGGCGCAUGUCGCAGGAGGGCUGUCAAUCAAAUAACAGCGAGCCAGACUUUACCUAAUCCGCCACGGACACCAGCCGCGGCUCCCAGCCAGUCAAGAAAAGAGUCCGCGCUGGACUCUUACCCCAAACACACACCGACAGCAAACACCUCCACGCACACAUCAGUAAAGCCGACUCUAAUACCACAGCUGUCACAUACUAUACCAAAAACACACAGCUCACAUUCCAACCACACGUCACAUGCUCAGAACAAAACGAAAGACUCAAAGCAGCAGUCAAGGCCACAUUCUGCAGACUUUACUCAUUACAAGGACUCAGCCACCCAAACGACAGACACACACGCGCACAACAGCACAGAGCGAACCAUGGCCGCCACACACACACAGCAAGCACACACACCGUCUGCAGAGGCAACGGAGCCACAUUCGACCGACAAACACAAGCUCGCAGACGAACACAAACACACAUCGGUCCGCAUUGCUUCUAAACCUCCAGCUUCAUCCCUUCACGGCGACUCCAAACCUGCCAACACCCCACCCCCCCCACCAAAAAACUCUCCUAAAGACCCCUGCCCCACACCUGUAGCGCAAACCAAAAACACCCAGGAGACCACGAACACUCCCAAACGAACAUCCUCAGAACGGACCAAACUCAAGGACUACGCAAAACAGAAGAGCAAAUCGUUUGACGACCACACUCUGCCUUGUAAGACUCAUAUGAAAGCACAAUGUAACGGCGCUCCAGGGGGGUUGCCGGCUGGACAGGUAGGCAACGCACCACGCGGGCUGGAGAGGCAGCUGCAGAACGUGGAGGAGAACCUACUGUCCAAUCAAGAGAAGAUCAAGGUGCUUCUCAACGUCAUUCAAGACCUGGAGAAGAGCAAGGCCCUCAGCGAAGGUCGCAGCUCAUACAGAACUGGUCAGGACAUUAACAACUGCCCCACCUGCCAAAAGACAGCCUGCAUCAUCUACAGUGUGGAGCAUGAUUUCCGACAGCAGGAGGGACGCUUACAGGCGAUUAUGGAGGCACUGGAGGGGGAGUAUGAUGUGCCUGCACCCACCCUGACCAAGCCAACGCUUGCCCCUUCCACCUCCAGCCGCCCCAGCACCAAGGCCCGUGUCAAGAAGCUCCGCAAGAAGUGUUUCUGGUGGCUGUAAGCUUGAUGACGAUGUUUCAGGAGACCCCAGACCCAAAGUUUUGGAAUAAAGCAUCCCUCUCAUGGUUCUGUGGGUGUGUCAUUAAAAUCAAUGGGGCAUUUUCCAGCCUGCAUCCCUGUAAAUGGCACUUUCAUCCACAGCAAUCUAUUGUCAGCUCUAAUAAUAUAGACCAGGGGGAAGGUGGAGAAACAGGAAAUGCACUAAAGAAGAAAAAGAGGACCAAACAAGCUGCUGAACUUUCCUCUCAGAUCCGUCUAAGAGGGAGAUCGAGACCACCAUGACUUUCCCUCUGUGGAAACCAGACUUCAGCACCUAAUUCUCUGAUUAACUUUUGACUAAAAGUGAGGAUACUGUUUUCCCUUAACGCUUCUGUAACAGAGAAAGGAAGCACUGACACAUUGGAUGGCAGACAGGCGUACUGUUUGUCACUUGGCUGAGUGGCUGUCUAGACAGAUGGACAGAUGUAUGAACGGAUUUAUGCCAAGAUGGAUUCACGCCUACCGCUCCGAAUGAAUCCUCACAACGAUUUUGGCUAAAUUACAGCAAUAAGCAGGAGGAUCGGAACAAUUCUGAAAUUCCAAGGAAGUUGACAACUAAUCGGAACGGCGUGGACGGCUUGACAGCCCAAAUCUAGAAUGUAGCGGCAACUGAAGAGCUAAGAGGAUACAAGUGAAAAAUAAGCUGAUGAUCUCUCUGGAAACAAAGAGACAGCUCGCAGGGUGGAUAUCAGGGUUUUGGAGAGCACAGUGGAGAUUGUAUUAAGAAUACAUGAAGAGACAAUGUGAUAGGCAGCUGAUCACAGACUGACAGGCCGUGUCAGAUAAUUAAAAAUUCUGUCAACGGUGACUGACAGAGUGAUUGAUUCUCUCCUUUAUUACCAUCCAAAACGGAAGUGUUUUGAUGUAAGCUCAAUCUUGUUUCAAGGAUUUCAUCACAUGCACACACACACACACACACACACACACACACACACGCAUACAAACAGAUGCACACUAACACACAUGCAGUACACAGUAAUCACUGAAACACAAGCAAGUCCUCCACACACACACAUACACUUGUGCACCAAUGCCAACUAGGGGUAGACCAGUUAUCACACAGUUAGCUAUUGGCCAGUAUUCUUGUUUCAGAGAUGUAACAGUAUUUGCAAAGUCUGAGCUAAUAAGGCACCUGUAAAUUCUGCUUGAAUUACAGUGAAAUUAGAUGUGUAUGUCUGGAGUUUUUCUUGAUUUCACAUUUGCACACAUUGUGCAGAAGAUAGCUCUGUUGUCAUGUGACAUGUGGAGAGCCCAAAACCGCGAGUGUCAUGUGAUUUAGCACCCACCAACCGUGGCUGUCUGCAGUUUGUGCAGUAAGUGUAUACAUUGAGUUACCUCGUCAAUUAAACAGAAUGAUAAAAAACAUGUCCACAAUUACCCCAAUAACAAACAUCACCUUGUUCACAUUAAAUAUGCGUAGAUAAUUCUUUCCAUAUCUAUAAACAUAGUCUGUAGCACUCUGGCCACACUGCUGCUGCUAGCUGGUUCAUUAAGCUACAAAAGAGCAACAAAAAUCUAUGCUAAAGACAUACACUGCAGGUCUAAACAUCUCAUCAAAACAUAGGAAAAAAAUCUGCAUAUUCUAUCAGGUCAACGUACGUUAUUGCAUUUAAAAGUGAAAGCUGAACCUGGAAAUGACGUCUUUGUAAAAUCAACACAACUAGUAACAGAAUAUGGUACUUUAUAACAAAUAUACUGGCAGACGUGUCUUUUAUCAGAAACUAAAACUCUAAUAAUCUGUAAAAAUUCUGUCUGGGUCUAUCCCUGUUGCAAACACUAUUAUUUUGCACACACACAAACACCAACACACCAUUUGCACACUGCUUAGUGCACAGCAGUUUAGAGCGUAACCACUAAUCUCACAAGGGCCUCCUUCAGCUGCUUCUGGGUGAGAAGUUGUCACAAAUUAGAAUCCUGGAUGACACCACUCUUACUAAUUAACUAUAACAGUCUGUGAGCUCCCACGAUGCCCCUCUCUUCCUGAUCUUCCUCUUGUAUAUACAAUAAAAGUGUGUAUU